AUGGAGGAUCAAGUGCUAUCGUCGAUGUGCAAAGGACCGGUAUCCUACUAUACACUGGCAGAGCAGAGAGAGGAUUCCACACGACGUAAGAUCUCCCAGCGGGAAAUCUCUCGUGGUGAAAAUACGUACAUUUGCAUGGUCGUUCCGGUACACUGCAGGCAUUGGGUCGCUGUCCGGGUCACAAUAAGUCCAUUCUCGCUCGAACGAUUUCCAGGACAAAUAUUUUUCUCGUCCCAACUUCGUUUCGGGCCUUGUUGUUGCGACAUUGACCAUAAAAUCACCUCGGAUAUUGUCAAGAAUACAGUCCAGAGAGUCAUCGACUCUUCCUACCGAUCAGUUUGUUGGAACUACUCUUCAAGUCAUCACUGCACUUUGGACCAUCCUACCAAUUCCGAUAUCGAGCAAUGCGUUGCGGUUGCAAAAUCCAGAUUCAAAGCAUAUACAGAGUCCCACAUCGAGGCUCACUUCCCGGUAGCUCAACCCAACAGUAUCGACAAUCAGAAUGCGCUUGACGGUAGAGCUUGUCCGGCAACCGGCCAGCUCGCACCACCUGUCAGCCACAAGAGAAAAGUAAUGGCUGAACCAAGUGGAGAGCUGGUUAGGCCACCGCCCCCAAAGAAGCAGUGUAUAGACGAGACGGAUACACUGGCCCAACUUGUCAUGAAGAACACCCUUUGGUUGGAGGACAGUUUGAAAAAGUUGUCUCAGAAGCCUCUUCCGACGCUGCUUACUCUCUCCAGCCUUUCGCCCCCGGAACCAAAGGACGACGCGUCUACUCUAGCAGAUCAAUUGUGGAAGCUGGCAGAGGACGUAGAGGGUGCAUCGGUAGGCAUCGUCUGGUCUAUGCGAUAUACCGCCGCUUGUGCCUCACUCCUAGGAGCCUCCUCCACGAAAAGCAUCAAUCGACAAAACAUCUUCAAUUGGCAUGGGUUGGUCCACAUUAUCAACUCAAUUGUAAAUCUGAUGCUGCCGACUUGGAAUAACAAGGCUUACCUGCUCUACCAUGUCUUUGCUGCGAAAGGGAGUUUGAUGAGUUCUGUCGCUCGUCUGUCAGAAGAAAAGCGGCAGAAAUUUGCUUCCAAAAUCGCGAAUGCAUUGAAACGGCUCACUCCUCCGAGUGGAUUUGAAGGUGUCCCUCUUUUCAAUCCCACACGAGCGCUCAGCGGCAUGAUGCACAGUGUAAGCCACGAACAAAUCUGCAAUUCGAUAUGGCUGCCGUUAGCCGAGACAAUCGAGCCUGAAAGGUCAAUAUCUUUGUUUCCUGAUAUGGCUACUCUUUCCUGUCAAGUACAGGACUUGAGUGUUUUGCCAGCAAGAAUAAAAUCAGGAAACAUCGCAAGCACCCUUCAUUUGCCGCCUCCACCAUCCACAUCGUCCAUGCACCCUGGCACUCGCAAUCAGUCGUCGAAGAAAAGGGGUCACAGCCACAAAAUCCGUACGUCAAGGCAAAGUUCCUUCGCCUCCGACGACCAACCCACCGAGACUUUUCCGCCGGCUGAGUCUGGAGAUGGACACCACGAUCCAGGCAGCUCUUCCACCUCUACUUCUGCCGGUCACAAUAUCGACGAUAUUACCAGGAGACAUAUUGAGGACGAUAGUAUGGACCCAUGGAUGGCGGAUAGUUCGAGAAAUUAUGCGGCUUUCACUGGUUCUGGCCAGACAGGAGCAGUCUCCAUGGAUUCGCAAAUGACGAGCAGCCUGGGUGCGGUAGACUGUCGGCCAAACUCUCUGCAGCAAGACCCUUGUUGGGAAAGAGAAUUGACGAUGGAUCCAUACAUGAUGAAUACUCUGGGCGCGGGAGGCGGUCUGCCGAGUGCCCUGGAGUCGAGACCAAGCACGAUCAAUCCAAAUUUGCUGACUGUCGAUCCGCAUAUGACGAGCAGCCUGGGUGCAGUGGACUGCCUGCCGAGCUCCCUGCAGCAAGAAUCAGGUCGGGAGAGAGCAUCAAAACUACUAAACAUGAUGGAAGAUAUAGUGGGAUACAGCCACACUUUCCCACCGCAGUUGGUUUGGCCAUGA